AGGGGAGCGGGCUGAGGUGGCGGCGGGCCGCGGCCGGCAGAGAAAGAAAUAAGUCAUGGCGGGGGAUGCCAUCAUGGUCAUGAGAGGUUUGACAAAGCUCAGUAAGGCGAUCCUGGAAACCCAAGCAGGACAGCUACGGCAGGUGAUCCUUGGUGGUGAUGCGGUUACUGUUGCAAGGAGUCUCCAGGCCGCUGCUGAACAGCAGUUUAGUUCUGCCUGGGGGAAAGUGCAGGAACUGGGCAAACAGCAGGAGAAUUUAAGUGAUCUGUCUGAGGAUUUUGGGAAGGACUAUGACUUCUCAGCCCGAGAGCCAUCAGAUGCUUCAAGGGACUUCUCUACUGCAUCUGCCAAGCCUCACGAACAAAGCAGUGAAGGCCCUGCUCACUCUUACACUACAAAUGGACCUUUUAGAAAUGUUGAGACUGGAGAUUCUGGCCUCAGUCAGAAGCCGUUCCCUCCCAAAAUGGAUGCAAGGUUAUUUGGAGGCUUUAGGGACCCUGGAAAUCCUUUCGCUACUGCCUUUGGACAAAAUAGGGCUUUUCACCAAGAUCAUUCCUCUGUUGGUGGAUUAACAGCUGAAGAUAUUGAUAAAGCCAGACAGGCCAAAACAGGUUCAGAGCAGAAACCCUACAAACAGAUGCUUAGUGAACGGGCCCGGGAGCGAAAGGUUCCUGUUACGAGGAUUGGACGGCUUGCCAACUUUGGAGGAUUAGCUGUUGGUCUUGGCAUUGGAGCAUUGGCAGAAGUUGCAAAGAAGAGCCUUCGACCUGAAGAACGCAAUGGAAAGAAAGCAGUGAUGGAUUCCAGCCCAUUCCUGUCAGAGGCCAAUGCGGAAAGAAUUGUGAGAACCUUGUGCAAGGUCCGGGGAGCAGCCCUGAAGCUGGGACAGAUGUUAAGCAUUCAAGAUGAUGCCUUCAUCAACCCCCAUCUCCAGAGGAUUUUUGAGCGCGUGCGUCAGAGCGCUGAUUUCAUGCCCAUCAAGCAGAUGAUGAAAACUCUGAACAAUGACCUUGGCCCCAACUGGAGGGAUAAACUGGAGUCCUUUGAAGAACGCCCCUUUGCUGCUGCUUCAAUUGGUCAAGUUCACCUGGCACGCUUGAAAAAUGGGAAAGAAGUUGCCAUGAAAAUCCAGUACCCUGGAGUUGCCCAGAGCAUCAACAGCGAUGUUAAUAACCUGAUGACUGUCCUGAGCAUGAGCAAUAUUCUCCCUGAAGGUUUGUUCCCUGAGCAUUUGAUUGAAGUCCUGAGCAGAGAGCUGGCCCUGGAGUGUGACUACCAGAGAGAAGCUGCCUGCGCGAAGAAAUUCCAGGAGCUGCUGAAAGACCACCCCUUCUUUUACGUCCCACGGGUAGUGGAUGAGCUGUGCAGCAAACACGUCCUGACCACAGAGCUUGUGUCUGGCUUCCCAUUGGAUCAAGCUGAAGGGUUGAGCCAGGAGAUCCGAAAUGAGAUCUGUCACCACAUCCUCGUGCUGUGUCUGCGGGAGCUGUUUGAGUUUAGGUAUAUGCAGACUGACCCAAACUGGUCAAACUUCUUCUAUGACCCACAGUUGCACAAGGUGGCUCUGCUGGACUUCGGAGCAACACGAGGGUUUGACGAGAAGUUCACAGACGUUUACAUUGAGGUAAUCAAGGCAGCUGCUGACAUGGACAGAGAGAGAGUACUGAAGAAGUCCAUUGAAAUGAAAUUCCUCACUGGCUAUGAAGUCAAGGAAAUGGAAGAUGCACACUUAAAUGCUGUCCUCAUCCUGGGAGAGGCUUUUGCGUCUGAGGAACCUUUUGAUUUCGGCAACCAAAGCACCACUGAAAAGAUCCAUGGUUUAAUUCCAGUCAUGCUGAAGCAUCGGCUUGUCCCUCCGCCAGAAGAGACCUACUCUCUUCAUCGGAAGAUGGGGGGAUCUUUCCUUAUCUGCACCAAACUGAAGGCCAAAAUUCCCUGCAAAAACAUGUUCCAAGAGGCAUACAGCAAAUAUUGGAGCACUAGGGGCAAGAAGCCAGAGGACUAAUCAGAAUGAACUAACGUAUCUUGUUCUGAGGGCACGGUUUGUCUGAGCCUUGCAAAGAAUGUUCUAGCCUCCCAUGUGUUGCACCCUAACUCUCCAUCCUCUUGAGAAGCAGCAGCCUGUGCCCUGGAAGCCAAGCGUGAGUUUCACGGAGACAAAGCUGUUCUUUGAUGCUCUGGCUGUCCGACACUAGCACUGCCAGGACAGUCCAUAGCUUGCCGGAAGCCGUCUCAAGUGCUUGUAUACGGUUUCAGGAUACCAGCCAACUACCUUGAAUACAUUUUUAACAUUGUGAUGAUAGCUGCAUAUUGUUUUUUUUUUUUAACAUACAGCAGGUGGGGGAAGGAGGACAGGAGUGGAAUUUAGUAUUGAAACAUGUUUGGAGUUCUUGAAAAAGUUUUUUUUUAAAAAAAAAACCUUCAUGCUUUCAUGCUAAGGUGGAAUUCGAGUAGCUUUCAUACUGUGACUUACAGAAUGAACUACUAAGGUAUACCCUACCACAGCUGCACUCAGCCCCCUUUCUCCUGUUUUGGUAAGUCAAGUGGCAGCAGUCCAAGAACCUUCCUGGAUUUUAGUGAUGCUGAUGUAAUGCAAAGGAUGUGUGUACACAUAACAUGAAGUUUUAUGUUUUCUGCUUCUCUGUGGCUUGCAAGGCAAACAUAGGAAACAUUUUAUAAACCUGUGAAUUAAGUGCCAAUAUCUUUCAAACACACAUACUCACACAACUCUUCUCAGUUCUGGGAGGCAAAUAUUAAUCAACAGAACUACAUCUGAGCACAAAUAGUGGGAUUCUUCACUGGCAGGUAGGUACUGACUUUGGUGAGUUAGAUAAGCUACAUCUCUGACACCAGUUGUUUGCUGGACUCCUAACUUGAAAGCUAGUCUGGGGUUUUGGCUGUUUUCCAGUAAUGUAGAACUUACGGCAAGGCAGACAAACACUUAAUGUCUCUCAUGAGCAUUUCAAGCUUCAACUGUCACACGUUUAAAACCAGACGCACAAUUUUAAACUAUUGGAGUCAAGCUAGCAAAUAUACUUUCUUAGAUGUUUUUUGUACAAAGCCUGUACCUGUAUGAGUUCUGAUUUCAAUAAAAAAGUGCUUGUGCUGUG